AUGGGACUUUAUAAACAGUACUUCAGGCUAACUCGAUAUGCGAAAAAUCAAUUCAUUGGCGUUAGUCCGCAAAAAAAUGGACAAGAUGGAGUUCCACUUCAAAUGCUCGUCUCACAAAACUUUAGUCACAGUCGGUUGGCUGUCAUCUUAAUAGGAAUAUUUACAUUAGCAGUAGGAAUAAUUUUAUCUUCAAUACCAUGGUUAGACUAUAUAAUUUUAAAGAAUUUACGAUUAAGAGAUGGAUCACUGAGUUUUCAAUAUUGGCAAAAACCCGGUGUGAUAAGACUAACCAAAGUGUACAUAUUUAACGUUACUAAUCCAGACAGUUUUCUUACAUAUGGAGAGAAACCAAAACUUCAAGAAGUCGGCCCUUUCGUCUAUAGAGAAGACAUGGAGAAGGUCAACAUACAAUUCCACGACAACGGCACUGUAUCGUUUCAGCACAAAAAAAUUCUACAAUUUGUUCCUGAACUUUCUGUGAACAAGCAUCAGAAAAUCAUAGUACCUAAUAUUCCUUUAUUGACGUUAUCUACACAGUCAAACAACAUGGGUUAUUUCGUCCAAAAAGCCAUAUCAGUAAUGUUAAGUAUGGGUACCUUUCAACCUUUCGUUAGUAUAACUGCUGAUGAACUAGUCUUUGGUUAUGAAGAUAAGUUGGUUGCGCUGGCGCAUCAAUUCUAUCCGAAAUAUAAGAGGCCUGGCGAAAAAAUGGGAUUGCUUAUCAAUCGAAAUGGAACUCUACCCGAAGUCCACAAUAUAUACACAGGAUCGACAGGAAUGCACGAAUUCGGCUACAUAAAUCACUUGAACGGUAAAGAUACACUGCCAUUUUGGAAAGAUGCUCCUUGCAACGAUCUCAGGUCUAGUGAAGGUUCCUUUUUCCCGCCGCGGUAUUUUACCAAGUCCGAUAUGGUGUAUCUAUAUGAUAAGGAUAUUUGUAGGAUCUUGCCAAUGAAGUAUCGAGGACCUGUUUCAAAACAUGGAAUUUCUGCUGAUUUAUACACACCGCCAGAAAAUAUUUUUGAAUCAGUUGAUAAAGAGCCUGAAAACAAAUGUUACUGUCCCGGUAAUGAAUAUUGUCCACCUAAGGGUUUACAAAAUAUAAGCCCUUGUCAGUUUGAUGCGCCUGUAUAUUUGUCUUUUCCACAUUUUUUGAACGCUGAUCCAAGCUUGGCAAAACCGUUCGAAGGUCUAAGCGCAGACAGAGAAAAGCAUGAAUCUUACUUUAAAAUUCAACCAAAACUGGGAGUACCUAUAGAAGGGCAAAUUAGAAUACAGCUUAACCUAAAAGUAGACCAAGCUCCCUACAUUACCAUGGUCAAAGAUUUUCCAAGUAUAAUUUUUCCAAUAAUGUGGAUUGAAGAAGGUAUCGAUGAUUUGACACCAGCCAUAAGAAGAUGGGUAUACCUGGCUACGACAUUUGCUGACGUCGCCUGCCCGUUAAUGACAUACGGGUGCAUAUUUUUAGGAACAUGUGUUAUUUUAGGGGUAUUCGUUAAUGCUUACAAGUCAUUAGUAUUUACGAAAGAAACAAUUGAAAUAGGCAUGAAAAAAUUGCACCGGCGCGGUAGCGCGUACAUCUACAGUUCGUCAAACAGAUUCAUAAACCGAAGAGAUACAUACACUUUACUAAAACUGAACGACGAGAGUCCCGAAGGGAUCGAUGGAGAAGUCUGA